GUGCCGCGGCUUGCGAUGCUGUGUCUCCGCAGCCGCCGCAGCCAUGUACAGCAGCACCAGCCCCACCGGCCUGUUCCGUGUGCAGCCGGUCUGUACGGCGUCGCAGCAACAGCUUCUGGCGGCCAUUGACCGCAAGGUUCCGGCGGAUCUGCACGCCGCCGCAGAGGGGUCCGGUGACGGCGCCCUCAGUGAUGCCGAGCUGAUGGCAGCGCUGGCUGGCUCCGCCAAUGGUAAAGCACCUGGGUCGGACGGGGUUCCGUACGAGGUGUACAAGGUCUUCUGGGCGCUGCUGGGCCCGCGCUUGUGUGCUGCUGCUGCCGCUGCCUUUGCUGCCGCUGCAGACGCCCACGAUGGCGGCGAAAUGGCGGCGGCGCUGCCUGCCUCCUGGCGGGAGGGCAUCAUUACGCUCAUCUACAAGGGCAAAAGCCUGGACCGCGCCGAGCUGGCGUCCUACCGGCCCAUCACGCUGCUCAACUGCGACUUCAAGAUGGUGUCCAAGGCCGUCAGCGCCCGCCUGCAGCCCGCCCUGGAUGCAGUUGUGGAUGAGCUGCAGACCGCGUUCAUCACCGGCCGCUGGAUUGGAGACAACGCGCUGUACCUCCAAGGCCUGAUCGAGUGGAUGCGCCUGGACGUGGGCGCGGACGGCACGCCACGGCAGGGUGGUGCGCUGUACUUCUUGGACAUUGAAAAGGCGUAUGACCGGGUGCACCGGCAGUGGCUGUAUGCGUCCGCGGAGGGACUUGGGUUUGGGCCGCGCAUGCUGCGCUGGAUCCGCCUGCUCACUGCCAACGGCUCUGCCCGCGUGUGUGUGAACGGGAUGCUCUCUGACGCCUUCCCAGUGCUGAACGGCUUGCCGCAGGGCAGCACCGCCUCACCACCCCUGUGGGUCAUCCAGAUGCAGCCACUGACGUCCUUUCUGUGGCGGCAGGUGGAGCAAGGGGCACUGCGCACGCCCCUGUUACCCAGUGGCGAGCAGGCGCCACCGGCUGCCCACCACGCUGACGACACGACCCUCACGGCGCGCGACCCGGCGGUGGACGGGCCGGUCCUGAUGGCGGCAGUACAGCUGUUCUGCCGCGCGUCCAACGCCCGUGUCCAUCCGGACAAGAGCAAGGCCAUGGGCCUUGGCAGGUUUGCGCACCUGACGGGCCCUUGCCCACACACAGGGGUGCCGUUUACCACUGGCGCCGUGACGCACCUGGGUGUGCCCCUGUCGUGGGACUCUGAUGCGGCUGCAGCUGACUUGUACACCCGGCGGGCUCGCAGCAUGGCGUUUGUGGCGCGUCUGUGGGCUGCCCUGUCUCUGACUCUCGUUGGCCGUGUGCACAUUGCGAAGCAGGUGUUGGCGGCGAAGCUGGCCUACCACUUCAGCUUCCUCAACCCGUCGCCUGCGCAGCUGAAGGAACUCACCGACCUUUUUUUUUGAGGAAUCAUCAAUACAAGGUU